CGCGGCUGGCUGCGGUGACCGCUGUGAGCAGCGGACGGGACUUUCGGACCUCUUAACGCCUUGGGGGGGAAAGAAAAGCAAAUAACGAGCAUUUAUUUUUCUUUGCUCACUGGAAAUAUAUUCGAAUAGAAAACGUUUGCUCCCUGAAAAUAACGAGCGUGAUAAGUGAGAAAUGGCAAGUCCUCCGGCGACGGGAGGACACCUGUUAUCUAAUGUGGAAAACAACGUCAAGAGGUGCGGGUACCUGAGGAAGCAGAAGCACGGACACAGGCGUUUCUUCGUGCUCAAAGAGCAAAAUGGAUGUUCCCCCGCUCGGCUGGAGUAUUACGAGAGCGAGAAGAAAUGGAAGAACAAGGCUGCUGCUAAACGGGUCAUAACUUUGGACUCCUGCUUGUGCGUAAACAAGCGGGCGGACGCCAAACACAAACACCUCAUCGCCCUCUACACCAAGGACGAGUACUUCGCUGUGGCCGCCGAGAACGAGCAGGAGCAGGAGAGCUGGUACGGUGUUUUGACCGAUUUGAUCACGGAGGGGAAAGUGUACGACAGCCCCACUUCCACAUCUUCUUUGGUGGGCUUCGAGGAGGCCAACUACGGUCUUAUUGCGACUGCUACCGCGGCCUACAGAGAAGUAUGGCAAGUCAAUUUGAAAUCUAAAGGCUUGGGUCAAACCAAGAACCUGACAGGCGUGUACAGGCUGUGUCUAUCCAGCAGGACAAUCAGCUUCGUGAAGCUCAAUUCUGAGGUGGCCGCUGUCAGUUUACAACUCAUGAAUAUUCGGAGAUGUGGUCACUCGGAGAGCUUCUUCUUCAUUGAGGUGGGUCGCUCGGCGGUCACCGGGCCCGGGGAGUUUUGGAUGCAGGCUGAGGACUCGGUGGUCGCGCAGAACAUCCACGAGACCAUCCUGGAGGCGAUGAAGGCCAUGAAAGAGCUCUCCGAGUUCCGGCCGCGAAGCAAAAGCCAGUCUGCCAGCACCAACCCCAUCUCAGUGCCCACACGACGCAAUCUGAACAACCUCCCCCCAAGUCAGACAGGGCUGGUCAGAAGAUCAAGGACAGACAGCAUGGCAGCCACAUCCCCCGGGCGAAAAUUCACCUCUUGUCGGAUAAGGACGGCCAGUGAAGGAGAUGGGAGCAUGACACGACCGGUAUCCAUGAGCGGGAGUCCUGCCAAUCCAAACUCUGAAAAUAACUUGAUGAAGUCCCACACUCUCAGCAGUGGGCGUACCUGCAGAAUGUUGGAAUCUUCCUCCAACCUCCAGCACAGCAGGUCAAUGCCUGUGUCCAACUCCCCUCCAGCCACCUCCAGCCCUAUCAGCAUGUCUCCCAGAGGGCAAACUAACAUCUCCACUCCAGAUAAGGCACGGCGCCCCUUUAGCUGCAGCGCCUCCAUCUCCGGCUCCCUCAGUGACACCGGUAUAAUGCUGUGUGACGAGUUCAGCUCCAGUCCCAGUGAUCUUAAGUUCCUCUCUUUGACCCGGAGCGACACCCCUGAUUCUCUUUCCAGCACUCCCCCCUCUCGAGAGGCUAGUGACCCAUGUGGCUACAUGAUGAUGGAUGGGGCUUACAGCCAGAGGUAUCCAGGAAGCAGGGAAAGCCUGACCCUUGACAAAGCUUACAGGAAGCGCACCUACUCCCUCACCACACCCCGUCAGCAGAGAGCGGUGGCACCACUGUCUUCAGCCUCCCUUGACGAGUACACGCUUAUGCGAAUGGCACAAAGUCAGAGCUCACACUCUGCCUCCCCCAAAGUGUCCUACCCUGAGGACUAUGGUGAUGUUGAGAUUGGAUCAUCCAGGAGUUCCAGUAGUAAUCUUGGAGAUGAUGGCUAUAUGCCCAUGACACCAGGUGUAGGGCCGCAUUCUGGAAAGGUUGAUAACUAUGUGCCCAUGAGCCCCAUGUGUGUCUCUGCCCCUAAGCAGAUCGUCAACCCCAGGGUGCACCCAAAGUUGUCAGGCAGUGGGAGCUACAAAACAAACUCCCCCAGCAGUAGUUCUCUAGAGGACAGCGGUUAUAUGAGGAUGUGGUGUGGCUCCAAAACCUCCAUGGGGAGCCCAGAUAGCCAGAUGACAAAUGGGGAGUACAUGAACAUGUCACCUGGCACGCAACCCCCACUUCAAACUCCCCCUGACUACUACUUGGGCCCUCUGUCUGGUGAUCCAGCAUCUCUUAGGCCAGCCCACCAGACCAACUCCCUUUCACACCCAUCCAAACUGCAGGCCCCCAAGAAUGAAGAUAAUGACAACCAGUAUGUUUUGAUGAGCCCUCUGAGCCAAAAGCCUAGAGGGGAGGAGUCAGACUACUAUUUAGUGAAGCAGCCCAAUGUGUUCCAGACCUCCACAGUGAACCCCACAACGGCACCCACCCCCGUCAGACAUAACAGGGCGGAGAGUCUGCCCUACCGAGGGAGGCUGGGCAGACCUAAUAGGCUGUCAUUGGAAACACUGAGAACCCUGCCCAGCAUGAAUGAGCACCCUCUGCCCAGUGAGCCCAGGAGCCCAGGUGAAUACAUCAACAUUGACUUCAGUGGGAGUAAAUUUGCAUCGCCUGCCACCGCAUCCACUGAGAGCCACUCGUCAUCUCUGGGCUCCAGUGGCAGUCGCCAAAGGAAAUCCAUGCUCUCAGAUUACAUGAACCUGGAGCUGGGCUCGCGCUCACCCAAGGAGGCAGGCACCCCAGUUGAGCAUUUGGAUGUGCUUCCAGAAUUAUCCAUAUGUCCAUGCUCAGAGGAGGACAGUGUGUAUCGUCUGCAUGGUGAGAGGGGCUCUGAGGGCCUUGGGGAUGAAGUGAAAAAUGACUACGCUGAGAUGACGUUUGGAUUGUCUGGCUCACCUCCACAGCUUUUUCCUCCAACCACAGAAAGUGGCCAGAGCAGCAAGGAGAGAAGGCUCUCUUUGGAGGACCAGGGAGCCACAGGGGGUAUUGGGGUGUUCCUGCUUGGGGCUGUACCCCCUUCCUCUGUGACGGUGGACCCUGACUGCUCGGCAAAAGUGAUUCGGGCCAAUCCGCAGGGUCGCCGGCGCCAUAGCUCCGAGACCUUUUCCUCUACCACCACUGUUAAUCCAGUCUUCCCCUCCUUCGCCUGUGGCGAUGGAGUGAAGAGGCACAGCUCCGUGGAGAACAUCUCAUCCAGAAGCAGCGAGGGCUCCGAUGAAGAGUGUGGGAGCCCUCUGAGCCAGCAGCAGACCUCGGCUGCCUAUCAGAAUGGAACUAACUACAUAGCCUUGAAUCUGGUGGAGAACAGAAACAUGGAGAAAUGUGAGGAACUAGUUGGCUUCAAACCCACGAGCAGCUGCAAAGGGGGAAUCAAUGGAUUACACACCAUACCGUACGUCUGCCUGGGGUUCAAAGAGGCUGCAACCACUGUCAAAGGAGUCCAGGUGUUGUCAUGCCGAGGUGCCCUCGUAGGUUCAGUGAAGACUAGAGGAACCUCCACAGACCUUCUCACAACACAACCCGGCUGGAGGUAGAACCUGCCCGACCUGCCCUGCUGCUGAAACGACACACACACACACACACACACACACACACACACACACACACACACACACACACACACACACAAACUUAACUUCUACUGGCUGUCUGGAGAGGUCAGCCUACGCCCCAGGACUGUCCACACACACACACACACACACACACACAAACACACACACUCUUGCUCUCUCUUUGAAGUCACCAUCUAUGCAUGUCCUACAUUAGCUGAAGGGAGGACAUGUGUGUGACAGGUGUGUGACAAGUGUGUGUUGUGUGUCUUGAGUUGGGCUGUGCGUUACGAGGCCAUUUUCCCUGUGACCCACAUUUUCACACUAAACAAAGAAGAAAAUGCUGUCAGACAACAACACUCUUACAGGUUCCUGUUCAGUAUUUAUUGAUCCAUGGAUGGGUUGACGGCUGUGUGUGUGUGUGUGUGUGUGUGUGUGUACAAGAUAAUGUACGACCAGCGAGGAUGUCCGUAAAGGCCUCAGUGUGUCAGUUACACCAACCACAGAACUGCUCUACCUCACAAGGAGCAAGCACAUGCAGCCUGAGAGGUACACUCAGCACAGGACUAUAUGAAUAUAUAUUUACAGCAGAGUUGUUAUUUAUUUUUGGAAGAUGAAUGUUUGAUAAGACCAACGCAAUGCCUUAAUGUCUCAGAUGUCUUUAUGUUUUCUAUGAAAUAUAAGCUGAAUAACCAGUCAUGUCUCUACAUUGUUAUUCUCUUGUGAAAAGGUGAAAAGUGUAAUGUAUAAUUAACAAAACAAAAAAAAAAUAUUGAUAUUAUUUCAGAAUUGCACAGUAGGGCUUCUGGAGAUCUGAUUUAUUUAAUUGAUAUGAAAGUAUUUUCCUAAUUACUAAUUUCUUAUUUAUUCAAACCUAGUUUAUUUUUUCAUCCAAUCGAAGCGUUUCACUUAAGUAGUUAUAAAUCCUAAUGUUUGCACAAGUUCUGCAUGGCUGUUACCCUGACCCACACCCCGACACUGCACCUGACUGCAGCACACCUUCCACUGGAACCUAAACCCCCCAUCACCCCAUCCCCUAUCCACCCAUCACUCCCAUCCACACAUCCCCCCCAUCACCCACCCCCCGACCCCCCAACCCCCCAUCCCCAUCCACCCAUCACCCCAUCACCCAAUCCACCCAUCCCCUAUCCACCCAUCACCCCACCCACCCAUCACUUACAUCCUACAUCACCCCAACCCCAUAACACCCAUCACCCCCAUAACCCCAUCCCCCUCAUCACCCCCAUAACCCCCCCAACACUCUUACAAUCACGCCUGCUGUUUCGCUCAGUGCAGGCUGCAAAUGCUGUGACACCUUUCAUAUGGUACGCUAGUUUUACAGCCAGCCAUGAUGAUGUCAAGUCACGACCGAGUUGGAAAACUUGUCAAUGAGUCACUAACAAAAAGAAAAAACGGUCUUGCCAAUCUGAAACAGAACGGGACCACCGGCAUCAGUAGCUGUGCUAGCCAGAGCAUGUAACAGAGAAAGGGGUAUAUUCCACCACAGAGAAGAGCCGUUGAAGAGAAUAGAUGUGCCCAUUGAGGCCGGUGGCAAUAGAACGGUUGCUCUUGGCAUCUUUUAUUUCCACGUUGUCCCCUGUGCCAGCUCAGACUGUGCCAGCUCAGACUGUGCCAGCCCAGCCUGGCCCACCAUGCGUUAGCAUAUAUUGUAAAACACGAAUCAUGUCUGAAUGUAUUGCUGAGCACUCAGUGUGUACACCACAGAGAAGUAUUGUGGCAAGUGAUUUUGACAGAGUAAUAAUAUAAGAAUCUACCACACUUAAGGUAUCUAUUUAUCUUGAUUGUAUAUAUUGUGUAUAUGUAAAGGAGUUUAACUGAGAGAAGUCUAUUGGUAUGCAUAGAGUACCUAGAGUUGACCUACGAUGUUCCUGUGUAAAGUCCUGGGCUACCGAGUUCUGCAGAGGGUACGGGUGUUUUUGCGUUGGGGUUGUAAAGUGUACUGUAUGCUUUUCUCCCACACCGUCUGUUGCAAGAUGAGAAUCUAUUUUACUGCAGAGAUCUCUGCCUUGUUGACACACUUUACCCGAUGGCAUAUGCAAUAGUGAAAUUAAUACAGUCUAGUUUACAACCACGGAACCAAAUGUAACGCGUUGAUCAUGUUUCUACUGUGUGAAGAAAGGAAACGAUUUUACUCUUGGAAAAUAUCUCUUAUUGCCAACUGUUAUUUUAUUUUAAUUUGUUUUUUUCCCCACUGGAAACUCUGAUCUUAAAUGGUUUUAACAGUGCUAUCCCCGUUUCUCUACAUGGACAGAUUCCUACGUGAGGACGGUGUUGGACUGAGGCGGUAUGAAUGUGUUGUUGUCUUCCAUUGUACAUAGCUCAAUAUGCUGUUGUGAUGCCCACAAGAGAUGAUGAUUUACAUUUCUGGUAGUAGAGUAUUGCUUUUGUCUGUAUUGAUUAUGGAUAGCAACCUGCAGAAAAAAAUAAAUUUAUUUAAA